AGUUUGAGACUAUUUUCCAAUAUGGCGGCCUCUCAAAGAGAAAAUUUGACAACAACCAAGAGUUGGAAUGCUUUACAGCGUUAUUUCAGCGAAAAUGGACCCAAAAUCAAUCUUCCACAAAUGUUCAAAGAUGACCCUAAUAGAUUCCAGAAGUUCAGUGUGACCGUGGGCACAGAUGGAGGGGACCUGCUACUGGAUUACUCAAAAAAUCUUGUUAAUGAGGAUGUAAUGACCAAGCUUUUUGAUCUGGCCAGAGAGAGGAAUGUCGAAGAGAUGAGAGAUGCCAUGUUCAAUGGUGAGAAGAUUAACUUUACUGAGCAGCGAGCAGUCCUCCAUACAGCCCUAAGGAACCGCUCUAAUACACCAAUCAUGGUCAAUGGAGCUGAUGUUAUGCCAGGCGUGAAUGCAGUAUUGGCUCAUAUGAGAGAGUUCACCGAGGCUGUAAGGAGUGGAGCAUGGACUGGAUAUACGGGAGAGAAGAUAACUGAUGUGGUCAACAUUGGAAUUGGGGGAUCUGAUUUGGGACCUUAUAUGGUAACAGAGGCCCUGAAACCCUAUUCCAAGGGAGGCCCUAGAGUUCAUUUUGUCUCCAAUGUAGAUGGAACCCACUUUGCCAAAGUUAGUGAGCUGCUGAACCCUGCAACUACUCUCUUCAUCAUUGCAUCUAAGACAUUUACAACUCAAGAGACAAUAACAAAUGCCACAUCUGCCAAACUCUGGUUCUUGGAAGCAGCGAAAGAUGAAUCCGCAGUUGCCAAACACUUUGUUGCUCUAUCAACAAACUCUGUUUUAGUGAAGAAGUUUGGAAUUGAUGAGAAAAAUAUGUUUGAAUUCUGGGAUUGGGUGGGAGGAAGAUACUCACUCUGGUCCGCUAUAGGACUUUCCAUUGCAGUAAAUAUAGGCAUGGACAACUUUGAAGCUCUCCUGUCUGGUGCUCACUUUAUGGACCAACACUAUAGGACUGCCCCUCUUGAGAAGAAUCUGCCUGUUUUACUAGCACUACUGGGGGUCUGGUACUCUAACUUUUAUGGGGCAGAGAGCCAUGCUUUGCUACCCUAUGACCAGUAUAUGCAUAGGUUUGCUGCCUACUUCCAACAAGGUGACAUGGAGUCUAAUGGAAAAUAUGUCACCCGUAGUGGUCAAAGAGUUAACUACACUACAGGCCCUAUUGUAUGGGGUGAGCCAGGAACUAAUGGCCAACAUGCCUUCUACCAGUUAAUACACCAAGGAACUCGUCUCAUCCCAUGUGACUUUCUGAUUCCUGUUGAGACUCACAACCCUGUACAAGAUGGUCUCCAUCAUCAGAUCUUACUAUCAAACUUCCUGGCUCAGACUGAGGCUCUGAUGAAGGGCAAGAGCAGAGAUGUUGCAGAGGCAGAACUGAAGACAUCUGGUAUGAGCCCAGAAGAUAUAGCUCACAUUCUUCCACAUAAGGUGUUUGAGGGUAACAAGCCAAGCAACUCUGUCAUCUUCCAGAAGUUGACUCCAUUCAAUCUAGGCAUGCUUAUUGUUUUGUAUGAACACAAGAUCUUCACCCAGGGGGUCAUCUGGGACAUUAACUCCUUCGAUCAGUGGGGUGUUGAGCUUGGUAAGCAGCUAGCAAAGGUCAUCCAACCAGAACUUGGGGAUGCCACACCAGUAGACAAUCAUGAUUCAUCUACUAAUGGACUCAUCAAUUUCAUUAAAUCUCAUAGGAAUUUACAGAGUAGACACCUCAUUGUGACAUCAUAUAUUCCAGGAACUCGUCUCAUCCCAUGUGACUUUCUGAUUCCUGUUGAGACUCACAACCCUGUACAAGAUGGUCUCCAUCAUCAGAUCUUACUUUCAAACUUCCUGGCCCAGACAGAGGCUCUGAUGAAGGGCAAGAGCAGAGAUGUUGCAGAGGCAGAACUGAAGACAUCUGGGAUGAGCCCAGAAGAUAUAGCUCACAUUCUUCCACAUAAGGUGUUUGAGGGUAACAAGCCAAGCAACUCUGUCAUCUUCCAGAAGUUGACUCCUUUCAAUCUUGGCAUGCUUAUUGUUCUAUAUGAACACAAGAUCUUCACCCAGGGUGUCAUCUGGGACAUUAACUCCUUCGAUCAGUGGGGUGUUGAGCUUGGUAAGCAGCUAGCAAAGGUCAUCCAGCCAGAACUUGGGGAUGCCACACCAGUAGACAAUCAUGAUUCAUCUACUAAUGGACUCAUCAAUUUCAUUAAAUCUCAUAGGAAGUAA